GGGGACGGCGGAGCCAUGGCGGCCUUGCUGAGACCGGCCCGCUGGCUCCUCCGCGCUGGGGCGGCUCCGCACCUCCCGCUCUCCCUGCGCCUUCUAGCGGGCGGCCCGAGGCGGCCGCACGCCGCCUUCUGUCCUCACGCCGCUCGCGCCGGGCGCGUCGCCGGAGCGCUACUGAGCCAAGCCAGGCUGUAUGCCAUUGCUGCUGAAAAAAAGAAUUAUCUUCAAGAAGAGGCCACUUCUUCUCAUAGAAGGAAUACCAGUCAGUUUGAUUGGGCUCUAAUGAGGCUAGAUAAUUCUGUCCGAAGAACUGGCCGCAUCCCUAAGACUCUUCUACAAAAAGUCUUUGAUAACACUUGCCACUCAGGUAGCCGAGGUGGUAAUCAAGCCUUGCUUCUGCUGCGCAGCUGUGGUUCUCUCUUGCCUGAACUAAAGCUCUCAGAGAGAACAGAAUUUGCUCAUAGGAUAUGGGACAAACUUCAGAAAUUGGGUACUGUGUAUGAUGUAAGUCACUAUAAUGCUUUGCUUAAAGUCUACCUUCAAAAUGAGUAUAAAUUUUCACCAACUGACUUCUUGGAAAAAAUGGAGAAAGCAAACAUUCAACCAAAUCGAGUGACAUACCAAAGGUUGAUUGCUGCUUAUUGUAAUAUGGGAGAUAUUGAAGGUGCCAGCAAGAUUCUUGGAUUUAUGAAAACUAAGGAUCUUCCAGUCACAGAGGCAGUAUUCAGUGCUCUUGUUACAGGGCAUGCAAGAGCUGGAGAUAUGGAGAAUGCAGAAAAUAUUCUCACAGUGAUGAAAGAGGCUGGAAUUGAGCCUGGUCCAGACACAUACCUAGCACUGUUGAAUGCAUAUGCCGAGAAGGGUGACAUUGACCAUGUUAAACAGACCCUGGAGAAAGUGGAGAAGUCUGAUCUUUACCUUAUGGAUCGUGAUAUAUUGCAAAUUAUCUUUAGCUUCAGUAAAGCUGGAUAUCCUCAAUAUGUCUCAGAAAUUUUGGAAAAAAUUACAUAUGAAAGAAGAUAUAUUCCAGAUACAAUGAACCUCAUUUUGCUUUUAGUCACAGAAAAAUUGGAAGAUACAGCAUUGCAGAUUUUAUUAGCAUGUCCUAUAUCAAGGGAAGACAGUCUGAGUGACUUUGGCAGUUUCUUUUUACGACACUGUGUGACUAUGAAUACGCCUGCAGAGAAGCUUAAAGACUACUGUAAGAAGUUAAAGGAAGCCCAGAUGCACACAUCUCCUUUCCAGUUCACACUCCACUGUGCUUUACUAGCCAAAAAAAUGGAUUUGGCAAAAGCUCUAAUGAAGGCUCUGAAGGAAGAAGGUUUUCCUAUCAGAACUCAUUAUUUCUGGCCAUUACUAGUUGGACAUCAGAAGGAGAAAAAUGUUCAAGGUAUAGUUGAAGUCCUCAAAGAAAUGCAUGAAAUAGGAGUAACUCCUGAUCAGGAGACAUACAUAAAUUACGUGUUUCCAUGCUUUGAUAGUGUAAAGUCAGUUCGUGCUAUUUUGCAGGAAAAUGGAUGUCUACGUGAAGAUAGUAUAUUUUCUCAAGCUGAAUUGAGAAUUGAAGCAGUAAAUGGAAACUUAGACUAUAUUUUAUCAUUUUUGGAAUCAAAUACAUUGCCUCUCUCAUUUGCUUCAUUGAGAGGCAGCCUAAUUCUAGGCUUUAGGAGGUCUAUGAAUAUAAAUCUUUGGAGCAAGAUAACAGAACUGUUGUACAAGGAUGGACGUUAUUGCCAGGAGCCUCCAGGACCAACGGAAGCUGUUGGCUAUUUUCUUUAUAACUUGAUUGACAGCAUGAGUGACUCAGAGGUACAGGCCAAGGAGGAGCAUUUGAGACAAUACUUCCAUCAGCUGAUGGAGAUGAAUGUAAAAAUUCCUGAAAAUAUCUACAGAGGCAUUCGUAAUCUGCUGGAUAGCUACCAUGUUCCUGAAUUGAUUAAGGAUGUUAAUAUGUUGGUUGAAAGAGAGAAGACAGACUCUCGAAAAACUACGCAGCCUACAUCAUCUGAUUUGGAGUCUAAACUUGAAAAACUAAAAGCUGAAAAUCAACCUAUAGGAGAUGUCCUGAAGCAACUCAUAUUAAUGCUGUGUUCAGAAGAGAACAUGCAUAAAGCUCUUGAAUUGAAAGCAAAAUAUGAAUCAGAUAUGGUUAUCGGUGGCUAUGCCUCUUUAAUAAAUUUGUGCUGUCGACAUGAUAAUGCAGAAGAGGCAUUGAACCUGAAACGAGAAUUUGACCGUUUAGAUUCUUCUGCUGUCCUUGAUACCAGCAAGUAUGUAAGACUUGUAAAAGUAUUGGGAAAACAUGGCAAGCUCCAAGAUGCUAUUAACAUUCUAAAGGAGAUGAAAGAGAAGGAUGUUCUUAUCAAAGAUGCAACAGUCUUGUCCUUUUUCCACAUCCUAAAUGGCGCAGCUUUAAGAGGUGAAACUGAAACAGUGAAACAGUUGCAUGAAGCCAUCGUGACUCUAGGGUUAGCGAAACCAUCUACUACCUUAAGUUCCCCAUUGGUCACCCUAUAUCUGGAAAAGGAUGACUUACCUACUGCUCUUGAAGUCACGAUUGACUGCUAUAAAAAGUAUAAAAUACUACCAAGGAUUCAUGAUGUCCUAUGUAAACUGAUAGAGAAAGGCGAAACUGAUCUGAUUCAGAAAGCAAUGGACUUUGUGAGCCAAGAACAAGGUGAAAUGACUAUGCUGUAUGAUCUCUUCUUUGCCUUCCUACAAACAGGAAAUUACAAAGAGGCCAAGAAGAUCAUUGAGACUCCAGGCAUUAGAGCUCGGCCCACAAGACUUCAGUGGUUUUGUGAUAGAUGUAUUGCAAGUAAUCAGGUUGAAACUCUAGAGAAAUUAGUGGAGCUGACACAGAAGCUAUUUGAGUGUGAUAGAGACCAGCUAUACUACAGUCUGCUAAAACUAUACAAAGUGAAUGGUGACUGGCAAAGAGCUGAUGCUGUCUGGAAUAAAAUGCAAGAAGAAAAUAUUAUUCCUCGUGGAAGGACAUUAAGGUUAUUAGCGGAAAUCCUUAGGAACAGUAACCAAGAGGUUCCAUUUGACGUACCUGAGUUGUGGUAUGAGGAUGAAAAACAUUCCCUGACUUCAUCACCCUCACCUGUAGAAGUUAGUCUCCAGAAAGAGCUAUUGAAUGCCUGCCACAGGAAGAAAGACAAAGAUGCAUUUAAUAUUUUCCUGAAAGCAAAAAAGCAAAACGUUGUGUUCAAUAGUGAAACUUAUGCCAGUCUUAUAAACUUACUGUUGAUGAAGGAUAAUCCUACACAAGCAGUGCAAGUGAAAGAUUUCGCUGAGACCCACAUCAAGGGCUUCACACUGAACGAUGCUGCCAACAGCCGCCUCAUCAUAACGCAAGUUAGGCGGGAUUAUUUGAAAGACGCUCUAACAACACUAAAAACAGCCUUGGAUCUGGAGCAGAUACCUUCUAGGAUAGCAGUGACCCGCCUUAUUCAGGCAUGUGCCUUGAAGGGUGAUACAGAAAGCAUACAAGACAUUCAGAAGUUGGUAAAUGGACUCGAAGAUUCAAUUGGACUUUCCCAUAUGGUUUUCAUCAAUAACAUUGCUUUGGCACAAAUAAAGAAUAGUAACAUAGAUGGUGCAAUAGAAAACAUUGAAAAUAUGCUUACUUCAGGGAACCAAACCAUGGAACUUCAGUACUUUGGCUUGGCAUACUUAUUCCGAAAAGUCAUAGAGGAACGGUUGGAACCAGCACUUGAAAAGAUAAGCAUCAUGGCGGAGAGAUUGGCCAAUCAGUUUGCAAUUUACAAACCUGUCACCGAUCUUUUCCUUCAGCUUGUGGAUGCAGGCAAGGUGGAUGAUGCCAGAGCUCUCCUACAGAGAUGUGGUGCAAUUGCUGAACAAACCCCAAUUUUCUUGGUGUACUGUAUUAGGAAUUCUCGGAGAUCGGGAAAGGCACCAACUGUGAAGUCUUUGUUAGAAUUGAUUCCUGAAUUAACUGAAAAGGAAGAAGCAUACACUUCCAUCAUGAAAAGCUAUGUCUUGGACAGUGAUGUCGCAUCUGCUAAAGCACUAUAUGAAAAUUUGACUGCGAAGGAUGUAAAAUUGAAUGAUCUGUUUCUAAAGCGUUAUGCAGUUUUGCUGAAGAAUGCUGGAGAGUCUGUCCCUUUCACUGAACCCCCUGAAAGCUUUGAAUUUUAUGCAAAGCAGCUAAAAGAGUCAAAGGAAAACCCUUUGUGAAGCAAGCCGGCACUACUUUGUUUUGUGUGUAUUUGUGAUUCUGUGUCUAAAUUGUUACUUUUUAAAUGUAUUUGAGAGGACAAAAUAAACAAAUGAAAAGUUA